CCUUUUCACCUUCGGUGUGGUCGCAAGUGGCUAGCGGAAAAUUACCUGGGCAUAUCUAAACAUCAAUGGGGUGUGGCACCUUUGUCUUCCCCGUAUCCUUCGACACAUUCUUAAAUAGCCUGGACGAAAAAAAAGUUUUGCUACACCAUCUGGAAGACAAGGAGUUCCGGCUUCGUGCCCUUAAAAAGUUCUACAACCGCUUCUAUAUGUUCCCAGAGAAGCGAUCUGGUACGAACUUCUUUGCGGAUGAGCCAGAGACUUCUCUGGCGCAGUUACUUGCGUUUGGAAGGCCUCAAGAUGAAAUGGCGACCAAGACUGUGAAGCAGCAUGCUGCGCAAAGUAAAAAGAAUUACCAAGAUGAUAUAAACUGCGAGGAUUUGGUGCACUUCGAAAGCAAUGCGAUGUCCAGCAAAGUGACUUCCGACAUGGCCGAAAGGAGGAUGUCUACAUCAUCGUACUACGAGAUCAACAAGGAGGCUACCGACGAACAGUUGUCGCAGACAUCUAUGACUUCGUCAGAAGUGGAUGUAGAUAAAAACAUAUAGGUUUUAUAGAUAUGAAUAUCUAACUAUCACAGUAACAAAUCUGUGCGUAUGAUGAGAUUGAUUUUGUUUUUAUUUUUAAGAUUGCUCAAUACUAAAACUUGCGGUAAAUUCAAAUAUGGCCACCGCUACAGCUGAUUUUGCUCAGCUCAAUCGAUAGUAUCGAAUAAACAUCGAUUUUUGUUCCAGA